AUGUCAACACAGGGCAAGCAUAAUGUCCUCGAUGCUAUUAUAGAUGAUUCUUUAGAUAAUGAUGACUGGAUAAAAGCAUAUACGGAACCGAAAUUAGUAAGAAAUAAGAACACUGUUUCUAGUAACUCCGAAAAUAAAAUUGACUUGCCAGUCCGUCCACUGAAGGAUCUAUUACCAGCUGUUAGUUCAAUAACUUCCAAGCCAGCAGAGGCAGGUGUUAAGCAGCUGUUUCACCGAGACGAUGAUGGUGAAGAAGAGGAGUUGGUCCCGCAAAAAGGAUUGAUCAAUAAUGCCUCUCCACGUAAGAGUUCCGGGAAACAGCUAUUUGUGGAAGAUCUUGAUCUUUCCAAAACAGCCUCAAUGCAAUCUACAGACUUACCUACAAUUCCUGUCAAUUCCCAAAAUAAUAAUAAUAAUAAUAAUAAUAAUAAUAAUAAUAAGAUAUUGGACGAAUUGGAAAAUAUGUCAUUCGAGAUACCUGAUCCGAAAGUUUCAUCACCAAGAUCACAACCAGCUACUAAACCCAUUAAGUCAUCAAUUUCAAACUCUGACUCCCAUAUCGAAGAAAUACCAAGGUUACCAUCACCUUUACGAAACGUAUAUAACAAACUACCAUCUUUAGGAGGAACCAUAUUUCAACCUGCUGGAGGUAAAGAUUUGUUCUCCUCACCGAAUAAUAAUUAUAAUGAUGAUAAUGAAGACAAGAAAACAGUAAGGUUUAGUCCACAUGGCCAUGAAUACAUAGCCGACCAAGAUAACAGAAAUGUAAAUAAAUUCGAUUGGAAUAUAGAUAUAGAUGAAACUAAAAUAAAUGCCUGGGAGUUUAGGAGGUUAAUAAGGAAGAAUUAUAUAAGAAGGAUUCCUGAGACAGCAAAUAUUACGCCAUGGAAGAAGCCGUCGAAGGAUUUAAUUCAUUCAAUUAUGCAAAUUUUAGAAAUCGAUACUAAAGUCGCAAUGGAUGAUGUCUGGGAAAAAUAUAACUUAGAAGUUGAUAAUGUUACUUUCGGGAAAAGGAAAGAAAUUAAAAAAAUUCAUAAGAUGAAGGAGAAAUUAAUGGGUGAUAUAUUGCAAAAAGUAAAGCAACGUUUGAGAUUGUCAGCAUUUCCAGUUCGAUUAAAUGGUGAGGAUCUGGAUAGCGAAUAUAUCUUCGCAAAAAGGAAGUAUAUUAAGGAAAGAUAUAAUACAGAGGCAGAGAGUCUGAAAAAAUUUAAGUUGGAAUUAAAGCAGGCUCAGAAAUUGCUGUCAGAAAGGAAAGCGCUUAUUGAAACAAAAAGACAAAAUGAAGAACAAGAAAAGGAAGAGCAAAGAACAAGAAACAUAGAAGAGGAACGCAACAAGUUACAUCCAAUUUUGAGAGAUAUUGACGAGUAUGAGCCAAAAAAGAGGAAAACAGACCAAUAUCGAAAGGAUCUACUUGAUUUGAACUUAGAAUUGGAUAAACCUUAG